GAAGAUUAAUCAUAAAUUGUUGAUUAUUGUUAAAAGUUUAUUUAAAAAUAUUAACAACAAUGGCAUCAUCAUCAAAAAGAUCCUGGAAACUACAGGAAUUUAUAGCCCAUUCAUCAAAUGUUAAUUGUCUUGCAUUGGGUCAUAAAUCAGGACGUGUAUUGGUAACUGGUGGUGAUGAUAAAAAAGUAAAUUUAUGGGCUGUUGGAAAACAAAAUUGUAUAAUGAGUUUGAGUGGUCAUACAACACCAAUUGAAUGUGUUAGAUUUGAUCAAAGUGAAGAUCUUGUAUGUGCUGGAUCUCAAACUGGUGCCUUAAAAAUAUGGGAUUUAGAACAUGCUAAAUUAGCAAGAACAUUAACUGGUCAUAAAGCUGGAAUAAAAUGUAUGGAUUUUCAUCCUUAUGGUGAAUUUUUAACAUCUGGUAGUCUUGAUACUGGUAUUAAAAUUUGGGAUAUUAGAAGAAAAGGAUGUGUAUUUACAUAUAAAGGACAUGAUGAAGCUGUUAAUAGUUUAAAAUUUAGUCCAGAUGGACAAUGGAUUGCAAGUGCUGGUGAAGAAGGAACAGUCAAGUUGUGGGAUCUUCGUGUUGGAAGACAAUUAAAAGAAUUUACACAACAUAAACGUUCAGCAACAACUGUUGAAUUUCAUCCACAAGAAUUUUUAUUAGCAAGUGGAAGUUCUGAUAAAACAGUUAAUUUUUGGGAUCUUGAAUCAUUUAAAUUAGUAUCAUCAACUGAACAAAAUACAACACCAAUACGUUGUUUAAAUUUUAGUGGACGUGGUGAAUGUUUAUUUGCUGGUUGUCAAGAUGUAUUAAAAGUAUAUUGUUGGGAACCAGCAAGAACACUUGAUACAGUACCAAUUGGUUGGGGUAAAAUUCGUGAUAUUGCUAUUGCACAAGAACAACUUAUUGGUGCAAGUUCAAAUGGCUCAGUUGUAUCACUUUAUGUUUGUGAUUUAAAAAAAAUAACACCAUUUAAUGAUGAUAGUAGUAGUGUUACGCAAUCAACAAUGUCAUUUUCACAUGGUAAUCCAACACGUAAAAGUUUUUCAAAAGAAACACCAAAAAAACACAAAAUGACUGUUAAAACAAUUGAAGAGGGUGAUAAAUCUAGUACUGAUCCAGAGGAUGAAGUGACACCUUCAGAUGUGCCAGUUGUUACAAAUUAUCAUGAUAUUUUUAAUCCUCAUCGUUCAUUGUCUCGCACACCACCACCACCGGAACUAGAGGCUUUUAUCGAGCCUCAAGAAAUAGAUCCAACACAGCCACAAAUAAUUCAAAAUCUUUCAACGUCAAUGUCAAAUUUAAGUACAACUGGAAGUACUGAUAAUGAAGGACAAUUAUCACCACAAAUAACAAAUCAAUUACCAUCAUUUUCAAUAACAAAAACAGCACCAGUACGUGUACAUCCAAUAAAACCAAUACAAAAAAAUAUAAUAACUUCAACAAGUCAAAUAAAAGCAAAUUUAACAGCAAAUGGUAUUAUUAAAAAUGGUAAAAAUUAUGCAUCAAUACCACCCCUAAAACAAACAAUAACACCAAUGAUUGGUAAAAAAAUAUUAACAAAUAAUUCAUCAUCACAUUAUCCAAUGGGUCCACAACGUUCAAAUUCAACAUUAACAUCAAGAGUUGCACCAAUGGCAGCAGUAACACCAGUUAUGGGUGAUGGAAAAAAUAAAAAUCGUGCACCAAGUCCAGAUUCACCAAAACAAUAUUUAAAACGUCAAAUAAGUUGUCGUGAUAAUGAACAUGGUUAUGAUAGUGAUUAUCCAGUACAAAUUAAUUCAAGUAUACGUCAUAGUCCAUCUGAUCCAGCAUUAAAUAGACCAACAAGUAAUACAUCAACAGUACAAUCAAAUACAAAAGUUGAUAUUAGAGUAUCACAAUUAAGAACAGUUAAUGUUGAUUUAAAUGAAAAAAAUGAUUUUGUACCAAUAUCACCAGAUAAACCAAUUGGUCUUGAUGUUGAUGAUUUUUUAACUAGUAGUUAUUGUGGUACAACGAGACUUGGUUGUAGUCAAGGAUUACCAGAAAUGUCAGAAGCUGAAGUUAUUAAUAGUAUGAUGAGAGGACAUGAUUCAAUGAUGGCUGUAUUGACUAAUCGACAAAGAUCAUUACAAAUUAUUUAUUCACUUUGGCAUAGUAAAGAUAUGAAAUCGGCAAUUGAAUCAGCUGUUGCAAUGAAUGAUUUAGCUGUUAUUGUUGAUUUACUUGGUGUACUUAAUUUAAAACCAACAAUGUGGAACUUGGAUAUUUGUAAUUCUCUGCUAAGGCCAAUCUCGGAACUACUUCAGAGUAAAUAUGAAAUGUAUGUGACAGUUGGUUGUGCUGGAUUAAAAUUAAUUUUACGAAAUUUUUCACCGGUUAUUAAAUCAAAUGUUGAAGCACCAUUGCAUACAAUUGGUGUUGAUGUUUCACGUGAAGAAAGAUAUCACAAGUGUUUAGCGUGUUAUGAAAAAUUGGAAUUAAUAAGACCAAUAGUACAAAAAAAACAAUCAACAACUGGUACAAUUGGUAUAGCAUUUCGUGAAAUAAAUGUUAUGAUGAAUUCAAUUGUGUGACCGUGGCGUUUAAAGGCGAUUGUAACGCCAAUGCCACGUAAAAGUGCUCAAUGGCAAUGUAAAAAAUGUCAAACAAGUGAAUUGAGACUGAUGAUGAUUAAAUAAAAUGCUUUUGUACAUUGACAUCUUGCCAGCUAGUCCCUAUAUAAUCAACAAAACAAAAUACAUAUUUAAAUAAUCAUCAAGGUUCAAAAAAAAGUCUGCAUGUUUAUUUUUUUUUUUUUCUCAUGAUAUGCUGAAAAAAAAAAUGAUAUAUUAAAGCAUCACAUUUGAGGGUAAAUUAUUUUAAUCAUGUCAAUGAGACCAAUUAUAAGGUAUGACAAUUUUAUAACUAAUUUUUUUUUAAUUGACAUUGCGCUUCUAUUAAAGAAAGCCAACAAUAAAUCAUCGUACUUGGUUUUAGUAUAAAUGCUAUCAAAGUGACGAUCAUUGUUUAAUGAGUAUUUUAUUAAAAGAAACAAUAAAUAAUGUGUAAAUAAUUAUUAUAAUCGUGAUUAAUCGAAUUAAAAAAAUUUGUGAUUCGAGCGAAGAGUAGCAACUUGUUCUAUUUCGAAUUUAUCAAUUGUAGUGAUUUUUUUUUUCGUUGAAUUUAUUUGUGUGUUCAGAAAAAAAUAGGAGGCCUAAUAUUAUCGUUUAAUUAAUUUGACAAUCAGAAAUACAUCGUUGAUAAAAUCAUUUAAAAAGAAAUAAAAUUCUGUAGUUUUUUCUAGUAGCUAAUUUGUUAUUCAGUUCAAUCACUGAUGCUUCCAAUUAUCAUUUUAUUAACACACAAAUAACAUGUCAAAUAAAUUACAAAAACAAUAUGCUUUUUUUUAAAAAAAAUUAGUUUUGUUUUUUUCUUAUUUGUGUUUCGAUUAAUAACUCGUGUAUAAAAAAAUUUUGUAGUUAAAUUUUUUAUUAAAAACAAUAUUUUCGAGUAGUUGUAAAUAUAAUAUUAUAUUAUAUAUAAUUAAUAGUAAUAAACAUCAUAUCAUAAUAGAAAAAACAAAAUAGGUAAACAUAAAAAAAAAAGAAAAGAGAAAACUCAUCUAAUCCGUCCAGUGUGUAAUUUUCCUCUUAAAAAAUUAGGUAAAAUUAUUUCUAUUAAAUUUAUGUGAUGUUCUGUUAGAUAUUUGUUUUUUAUAAAAAAAAUUUUACUUACGUUUUCCAUGAAUAAUUUGUAAUCAAUAAUUUCGAGUAAAAACUCGUAUUUUUUUUUUUUCAAUUAAUUCUUUAUCUUGACAUAAAAUAUUAACAAGAUAAAUAAAAAUUAACAAUAUUGUUGAUUUAAUUAAUCUUGUUUUAUUGAUAAUAAUUAUAAAAUUUAAAUUAUGAGCGUUAUCUCAAAGUUGAAUAAUUUUUUUUUAUAAUAAUAAUUAAGUUGUGAAUAAAUGUGAAAAUUAAAUAUAAUAAAUAUAUAUAUUUAAACGUGUGAAUAUGGGAUAAUACAGUGCAAAUAUGUGUUGCAAUAAUAAUGAUAAUUAAAAUCAUGAUAAAUUAUUAUUAAAUGCCUAAAAAAAAACAAAAAAAAAUUAUAUAUUUAUGUAAAAUAAUGAGCUUUGGCCUUCGAUUGUAAUCUCAGCAUGAAUUUUUAUUUCUUUUUUUUUUUUGUAAUUAUGAACAAACAAAAAACAAAAUUGACUCCAUAAUGUUUUUUUUUUUUUUUUCUAAAGAAAAGGGAGCAAUAUAUCGUCAUGAGAUUAACGAUGGUGUUGAUAAAAUAAUAUAUAGUUUAAAAAUUAAUUUUUAAGUAUUGGUUAUUGACAAAAUAAUUGAAUUUUUUUUUCAUUUAAAAAUUAAAUAAGCAUGUAUAAAAAACAAUUAACGAUUUCAAUAAUGAAAUAAAAAAAAAAUUUAUAUAAUAAAUAAUUUCCUUACAAAAAAAAAUAAA